ACAUGUUCGCUGUGAAAUGAAGGACUUUUAUGCAACAAAGCUUGUGUAACAAAUUCUUCAUAAAUUAUUUAUUUUAUCGAAUAUUAUUUCUUUAGCAGUUCAAAAUUUUUUUAAAUAAGUUCAGUACAUGCUCUAUUUCAAUUCAGUUGAUUUAAUCGCGUACAAUUUUGAUUGAAUAAAUUUCAAGCAGUCUUAUCUAUUGUUAAUGAUUAAAGACAAAGAUGGUUUAAAAUUUAAUAUUUACGUGACUGAACUCCUGAAAUAUCACAAAAAAUUGUGUAAAUUCAUUAUACGUAAUUCUUUAGGAUCAACGAUGGGUCAAAGUGUUGCUAAUAAUUACGCAACUAACAUGAACUAUACCAUCUAGAAAAUUGUGCGUGUUCAAACUUGCCUUCGCUAAUUUAGACACGUGCAGAUGUCAAACAUGUGAUAGCAAGUUGACUGCUAUUUAACUAAUCUUGUUUAGGAACACAUCAAACAUAUUACACGUACAUUACUCCAGCAUGACUAAAAAAUUUUAUUCGCGAUAUUCUUAUCGAAUAUACUAUAUUAUCGACUUGUAUUUUAAUAUUAAAAUACAUUUUGAAUUAGUGCUUGGUCGUUCACUAUUCUUAUAAUUGUUAUAAGCAUACUUGUAAAAUCAUCACCAUUAUUUUCAUUCAUUGACUUCAUUUUCAAAUUGGUAUUUUUAGGAAAUGAAAGUUAUCAUUUAGAAAGAAAACGGUUGGUCCUUCGUUCUGUUUGUUAAAAAUAUGUAUUUAUUUCUAUUAUAUAUUCCAGUAUUUAUUAAACAUACAUCUUUUCAGACAAUUAAUGUGUUAUUUAUAGUUUAUCAAGUUGAUUAAUAAUAAAAUUGUAAUUAAUAAUUAAUAUUAUCAAGAUUAUUAAUUAUCAGAAAAUACAAUUAGUUUUUCAUUAGUCACGUGAAAUAAUACUUUCAACUAUAUAAGUCAUACUUUGGUCAAAGUAGACAUCCUCAACAAUAACAUUAUCAUUAAUGAAUCUAUCUAUAACAACAAAAUAUCAGGUUUCUUUUGCUCAUUGACUUUAUACUCAUUGAGUUUUUCACACAAAGAAGUUUAAUAUGAAAUAAUUUUGUCGAGGUAAUGAUUACAAACAUCCGAUUCUCAAAAUAAACAAUCUCAUUAAUAAAGGUAAAACUAUCUCUCUUAUUUGUCUUUCCUGUCAUUAAACAUUCAAAUAUUAUACUAAAUGUACACGUGCAUUCAGCACUUUUUUCAAAUUAUACGUAAAUGUUUAUUCUGCCUGCUCAGUUAUAUUAUACGUAUAUUAUAACUAUAUUAUAAUGUUAUAUUAUACGUAUGUUUUGCUAUACAAUUUUAAUGUGAUAAACUAUAUAAAUUACAAAUGCUUUGAACAAUUCUUACUAUUUUAGUACAUAUCACGCAAAUUUUGUUAACAUAAAAUUAACUACUCAAAGAUAAAAACACAAUAUUAGUUCUAAAACCUUUCUGUAGUUAGAUCAAAGUGUAAACGCUCGAAAAUGUCAACACAGUGGAAGCAUCAGCUAUUUAGCUGAGACAUUCGGUAUGAGAGAGGGAGGGGGGAGGAGACGCUCAGCUCAGCGUAUAAUAGUAGGUAGGAGAGAUCAAUACGCUCCACAACAAAAACAAACUCUUGGUGCUCCGAAAAUGCAGCGCUUUCAAAGGAAAAAUGUAAAACGAGUGACCGUUCCGCUUCUAAUAAGAAAGAUCUACUUUUUUAAGUAGAAUAAAGCAAAAAUGUCUGAAUCUGAAAAGGAACAUUCAGAUGAUGCACAAACCAAUAUUUACAAUUUUCCACCAAGUGUACAAGCUGUGAUUGAGAAGGUUUUUCCUAGUAAUGAUCCUCUAGAUCAGCCAGAUUUUAAUGAAGUGGAUUAUAUAAAUACUUUAUUUCCAACUGAACAAUCAUUAUCCAACAUAGACGAUGUCAUUAAUAAAAUGGAAUCAGAAAUGGCUUAUAUUGACAAAGAAAUCCGAGCAGCUGUUAGAAGUCAAACAAGUAAUACUCAAGAUGGUAAAACAGCAUUAGAGGAUGCUCAAAAGUCGAUUAGACAAUUAUUUGCUCAAAUUAAAGACAUCAAAGCUAAAGCAGAAGAAUCAGAGGAAACUGUGAAAGAAAUCACUAGAGAUAUCAAGCAAUUGGAUUUUGCUAAGAAGAAUCUAACAGCUUCUAUCACUACAUUGAACCAUUUACAUAUGCUGGUUGAUGGAGUUCAAACCUUGAAAAAUUUAACAGCAAAAAAACAAUAUGGAGAAAUUAUAUUACCAUUGCAAGCUACAAUGGAAGUAAUGCAACACUUUAACUGUUACAUGGAUAUACCUCAAGUUAAAGAGCUUUCAGAUGAGGUUCAUCAAAUUCACAUAGAAUUAGCUCAACAAAUAACUACUGAUUUCAAAGAAGCAUUUUCUGGACAAAAUCCAAAGUAUUUUGCUCAAUUAACAGAAGGUUGUCUGGUAUUGUCUGUACUGGAUCCUAAAGUAAAGAAAGAGCUUUUAUCUUGGUUUGUUACAAUGCAAUUGCAAGAAUACACACACUUAUUUGAUGAGAACCAGGAAUUUGCUUGGUUGGAUAAAAUAGAUAGACGUUAUGCUUGGAUAAAAAAACAUUUGCUGGAAUUUGAGUCGAAAUUUGGACAUAUAUUUCCCAGAGAUUGGGAAGUUUCUGAGCGUAUUGCAGUUCAAUUUUGUCAUAUAACCCGCGAGGAUUUGUCCAAGCUUAUGCAUAAAAGAACUGCUGAAAUAGAUGUAAAAUUAUUGCUCUUUGCAAUACAGAGAACAUCUAAUUUUGAAAGCUUAUUGGCAAAAAGAUUCACUGGUAUAACUUUGGAAGAUCACAGUAAGCAAGACAAAAAACAGAAAAAAUUUGAAGCAGGCGCUCUGUCAGUAGUGGGAACAACAGCGUCAGCAACCACAACUGAUAAUGUACCGGGAAAUCCUUUUGAAGAAGAAAAUAUCGACAAGGGAGAACUUGAAAAGCCCGCUACAUCGCCGUUCAAUAAUUUAAUAGGCAAAUGCUUUGAGUCGUAUUUAUACAUAUAUAUUGAAAGUUUAGAUCGAAACCUAGCCGAACUGAUAGAAAAGUUUGUCGCGGACUACAAAGCACAGCCGCCAGGCGCUCAGGCUUACGGGACUGGCGAAGCUGCUAGCAGCGUGCUUUCCUCUUGUGCCGAUCUUUUUGUUUUUUACAGAAAAUGUAUGAUUCAAUGCACCCAAUUGAGCUCCGGCGCUAUCAUGCUUAAUCUUGCUGAAACUUUCCAAAAGUAUUUGCGAGAUUAUGCUCUCAAAAUUUUGCAAAACAAUCUGCCCAAAAUUGGAGGAGUCAGUUUAGGGUCCAGUGUCAGCAGUAUCACUCGAGAAUUCCGAGAUUUAUCUACUUCUGGUUUUAUUCAAAACUUUUCAAGCUUUUUAAAAGAAGGAGAAACCAGUAAAUUUAGUAGAGAAGAACAGGCGCGUAUUUGCUGUAUCUUAACAACUGCUGAAUACUGCCUUGAAACAACUCAGCAAUUGGAAGAGAAACUUCGUUUAAAGACUGAUAAAAUUUAUGCAGAUAAAAUUAAUUUAUCGCAAGAACAAGACACUUUCCAUGGAGUUAUAUCAAAUUGUAUUCAGUUACUGGUUCAAGAUUUAGAACUAGCAUGUGAACCUUCAUUAAAUGCUAUGAUUAAGAUCCCUUGGAGUACACUAGAAAGUGUUGGGGAUCAGAGUAGUUAUGUCAGCACGAUUGUGGCUUACCUUCGUCAAACAAUUCCUGUUAUCAGAGACCAAUUGUCUUCUUGCAGGAAAUAUUUUACACAACUUUGUAUCAAAUUUGUUACUUCAUUUAUUCCAAAAUUAACUCAACAAAUUUUUAAGUGUAAGCCUUUGAAUACAGUUGGUGCUGAACAAUUAUUACUUGAUGUUCAUAUGUUAAAAACUGCUAUUUUGGAUCUUCCUUGUAUAGGAUCUCAAAUGCAAAGAAAAGCACCAGCAACUUAUACAAAGGUUGUGAUAAAGGGUAUGACAACUGCUGAAAUGAUACUUAAAAUUGUCAUGUCACCAACAGAAUCUGCUAGUGGUUUUGUUGAUCAGUGUAAAAAGUUACUACCUGACCUUAAAGUGCCAGAAUUUCAAAAAAUUUUAGACAUGAAAGGUUUACGAAAAACGGAACAAGUUCAAUUAAUGGAGGAGUUUAAACAGCGAUUAAGCUUAGAUUCUAGUAAUGAUCAAGCAAGUAAUGUAGUAUUAGAAAGUCCAGAGCAUGAAGCAGGAAGAAUAAAGCGAUUAGAAAAACUUAUUAAGAAAAGAAUGUAAAAACAAUGCUACUAAUAUAUGUAUAUCUUGUGUAAAAAACCAGUUUGCUGGGAUUUGAAAAUUUGUAUAAAAUAUAAUUUUAUAGAAUUGUCUGUUUUUAUUAGUAAUAAACUUUUUAAUAAAAAUCACAGACAACA